GCCACCUAAAGUUGAGAAGUGUUGGUGACAUGUUAAUAUGCCUUUAAGAUAGCUACGUCUAUUGCGUACGUUAUUGUAUGCGUGCUGUUAAUGUGAGCGCGCACGCACGCUCAGUAGAGUGAAGACGGUUGCGAAGAGAGAUGACCGCUCUAUCGCUGGCUGUUAUUUUGUUCUAUUGUGUUUUGCUUCCACUUUGUUUUUGUGACGUUUUGCAGUGUUAAUUUCCCUGUUGGCAUCUUUCAACAUGUAUGUGAACAGUGUGCCUAACUAGGGAAGGGCCGCAAUAAAUCACUCGUGGAACUAUAACGUUACCAGUUCGUUUCCACUGUUUUUUCCUUGUCUUCAUCUGGGCAGAUUUAAAACUCUUGCAGACGUUACAAAUUGGCGCCCGAACAACUGGAUUCAUACCGGUCAUCUUUUGUUCUUUGUCUACAUGGAUGUUCCAAUUUUUUUUCUUUUUUUUUGGAUGAGGAUUUCGUUGCUGGAGGUUUCCCAUUGCUGCGACCUUGCUGACUAGCUUGCUAUCUACGGACACCACGCGGUCGGUGCGCGACUGAUUAUCAGGUGCUGUUGGUGUGUUUUUGUGAGUUUCGACUGAUUGCUGAUACUAUUUUCGACACUAUUUUUUUUUAGUAUAUAAACGUUUGGAGAUGUUUUUUCGACGUUUUCCUUGUGGAUCAUUAAUUGAACUGGAUUGAACUGAAUAUUGUACUGCAUCGAGAAAAAAAAAAGGAAAAAAGAAUAGACAAUCGUAUCUUUUGAUCGGACAUUUAUGCACGAAUGCCAUCGAGGAACGGUGAAAAGUGAAUAUUGUGUAUGCAGACUGUUUUCUACAACAGGGGCCGUCACAGGAUAAUGUUGGGGAUUUGCGGUCUCGAUUCAAGCUGUUACAAGCAGAAGUGGCAGUGCUGCAGCGGUGCCUUCGCGACUCCAUCGACCUACAAAAAGACAUGAUGGACCGCUUGGCACAUCAAGAGUGUACCGUACCUGUUACCCCACAAUCAGCUCCCCAAGCCAGCUCAACGCCUUACAGUUUGGCGCAGUCUAAGUCGACAGCCCCAAGGUCAGUGCCAGUCAAUGUACCUUAUAGUAAUGUACCUGCAUUUGUUCAGCCACUCACUGUGGAUAUGAGUGCAACAACAAAUUUACUUACUACUAUGCUUCACCAAUCACGUCUUGAGCCACCAAUGUUCGCUGCAGAUGGUUCCCUGAAUCCUGAGGAAUGGCUUCAGUCACUUAAUGUAUACAGGACCUCUUUGGAUCUCACGGAUGCCCAAAUUCUCCUUGAGCUCCCACGUUUUCUGUCAAAAGAGCCAAGAAAAUGGUUUGCAGCACUUAGCACACAUUUAACCACUUGGAAUCAGUUCUGUGAGUUCUUUAGGACAGUCUUUCUGCCUUCGGACAAUCAAGAACGUAUCCUGAGGGGCAUUUUGGACCGUAUGCAGAUGCCUAAUGAGCCACUGCCGACUUUUGUCGCUCACAUGUUGGGUGAGUUUCGUAAGCUAAAGUCCCCUCCGCCUCAACUGGAGCAAAUAGACUUGAUACGGAAACAUGUGCUUGAGAAAUAUAGAGUCGCUCUUUAUGGCACACCCAUACCAUCAGUAAUGGACCUUCUUUUGCGGGCUCAUGAGCUUCAUGCAGUCCUUGGCCCAAGUGUUGGGUGUCCUCCUCUGAGACAAGCUAGCAGUACGCCCUCAAGGGAUGUUCACUGUUUUAAGUGCUCUUUGCCAGGAUUCACCACUCGUACAUGCCCAAAUUGUAGUCCAGGAGGAAAGCCACGUUUGUCUCCAAUGGAGCCCCCUGAACUCCCAAGAGAUACAGUGAAUAUAGUGUCAGAAGUGGAACGGAUGCGUGGCUCUGACCAAGCCACUGGUGAAGGAAAUGUCGUCUCAGACUUUGCCCAGAGGGGAAACUUCAGGGGAGGGAGGACGUUCAGACGGGGCAAUCCUCCCUCCAGAAGAUAGUUGUGCCUCGCUUACCUGAUGAUUCCAUGAGUGAUCAACCUGAGCUGUGUCACGUGGAGGAUACUGUGUCCACAUCCCAUUGGAAUACCCCGUUCAGAGUGAAGGUUAAUCUUUAUGGACAAGUUUUUGAUGCAACUCUUGACACUGGUGCUUCUCUCUCUGCGGUGCGAUCAGCA